AUAAGUUUUUGCCAAGAAAUUAACAGUAGGAUGAACAUUGUAAUUUUUGAGUAAAAAAUAUUUUUUGUUCAAUUUUAUAAUACAGUGAUGUACUUGAGUUUUUUCCGGAUGUUUUUAGCUGAAAAGACACAUUUUGUUCAAUCUUCUCGGGUUAGAUUCUGUCCUGGUGGUCCCCCCCCGUAUAGCCCGCAUUGAUGUUACCGUGCUGAGGAUCCAUCGACCCAGAAACUAGUUUCCUUGAGGCUUGAGGCAAAGAAUCCGCAUCCCUCCUUAACUUGUAAUGGCGUUCUUCUGCACUUUGUUCCUCAAUUCCGUAGAAUCAGAGUUUACUCCCCAUUUAAUCUGCACUUCUCUACUCCCCAUCAAAUCCACACUAACACCUGAUUUUCUCUUUACUGCAAACAGAAAGUGGUUGAAUAUUGCUGAUUUUGGGAGAAUUUAUAUUGACAAUCAGAAAUGGAUGCUUCUUACAUUAACAGAGGCUUGGUAAGUGAACUCGAAGCAAUGGGAUUUUCAGAGGCUCAAGCCACCAAGGCUCUUUGUUCUUCUGGCCAUGCAGUAUCUGUUGACAAGCUGAAUGUUAUUCUACUGAGGUUAUCCUGUGUCGGACAGGCCCAGGUGAAGCAAAUCACCUUGAUAGGUAACUCAAGCCUUGAGGCUGCGGUAAAUUGGAUUAUUGAUCAUGAGGAUGAGGCAUACAUUGAUGAGAUGCCCAUGGUUCCAGUUGACAUUAUUGAAACUUCUACUCCUACUUUCGAUUCGGAACAAGCAAAGUUGAAAGCACAAGAGCUAAGGGAGCGAGCACGCAAGAGGAGAGAAGAGGAAGAGAAAAAACUGGAAAAGGAAAGGGAGAAGGAAAGGAUACGUGCAGGCAAAGAACGGCUUGCAACUAAGCGAAUGGCAGAGGAAAAUGAGAGGAAACAUUUUGAAGCACAGAGGAAGACCGAAAAAGAGGAGGUGAGAAGGGCAAGGGAAAGAAUUCGUCAAAAGCUUCAGCAGGACAUGGUAUUACUUGCAAAUGCAGAAAGGAGGGCUACACUUGGUUCCUCUUUGAAUAGCGGUACAUCUUUAAAAUCCAUUAAAACCUCAGAGCAAGAGACAAAGAAUCCUUUGAAAGUUGAUUCUGCCGCGUUAUCUGGUAACUUAAUUACGAAUAAAGAGGUUUUGAUGGAAUGCUUAAGAUCUCUCAGGCGUCAGCACAAGGAGGAGGAUGCGAAAGUGCAACGGGCCUACAAUACUCUGUUAGUUUAUGUGAGGAACAUCGUUAGUAAUCCUGAUGACGGAAAGUUCAGGAAGAUCCGGCUUAGUAAUCCAGCUUUCCAGAAAUACCAUUCUACUGUUGUUUCGUACCAGAUUGCCUUUGAUGUUCUAGUGUCCCAUUCAUUUUGUGAAGGCCGAAAUUGUGAAUCAAGAAAUCUGGCUAGAGUUGGGAUUUUCAAAGAAGGUGUGCAGUUUCUAGAACUCUGUGGGUUUGAAAGAGUUGAAGAAGGUGAUUUUUUGGUCUUGCGCAAAGAAAAGGCUGAUAUGGCCGUACUGAGAUCAGCUGGCAUGGUUUUGCACUCGGCCAUUACAAAUCCCUUCUUUGGGCUACUGUCAAAGUAAGGUGAUUUCCCCAGGGAAUUAGAGGCUUUAUGCUUGACAAUCAACACCACACUAACUUCUGGUUGAUUUCACUACUUCUAUUGGACUUAAAUUUGUAUAGUAACCCCAGUCAGAUAUUCCAUUUGUUUGAACUUUAGUUUCUCCUGUAAAUGUACUUAUAUAUAUGGUAUAUAUUUUAAUCUUCCCUUU